AUGGAAGAACUAUUGAAGAAGAAGAGGAUGAGAGGAGGGCAUAGAGCUUAUGACAAGAAAGUCAUGACAAGAGUCAGCACUUGGAUGGCGGAGAGUACUACUACUAGUACUAGUAUGCCUAGUGACAGUGAGAGAAGGUUAACACAACAUAAAGCAAUGCUGACAGAAAAGCUUGCUACCGUACAGAGAUUAGACGAAGAGAUCUUGGAGAUAAUGAGUGAGAAAGAAGACAUGGAUAUAGAAGUAGAAGUGGAAGAAGCUGGCACGUUCAGAGUAGAAGUGCAAGACAUGAUUUCAAGGAUACAUGGAUGGCAGCUGGUUCCAAAUGAGCGAGAGGAACAAGGAGCAACAGAGCAGCCAGUAUCGGAGUUGCGCCCAGUAUCGUCGGCAAGGGCAGUGAGGCCUAAAUUACCUAAGCUAGAGGUAAGGAAGUUCAACGGAAAAGUACACGAAUGGCAAGGAUUUUGGGACUGUUACGAGAGCGCCAUUCAUGGAAAUGAAUGCUUGUCAGAUGUGGAUAAAUUCACAUAUUUGCGAGGACUGGUGGAAGAACCCGCGAAAUCUGCGAUUGCGGGGUUCGCAUUAACUAGCGCGAAUUAUCAAGCUGCAGUAGAACUGUUGAAGGAACGAUAUGGGAAGAAGAAUAUCAUACAACGAGCGCACGUGAACGAACUCCUGAACAUUGCACCGGUAUUCAGUGAGAGAGAUACCGUGCGGCUGAGAGGCUUGUGCGAUACAGUCGAAACGCACUAUAGAGGAUUGAAGGCGUUGGGCCUCCCGGAAGAAACAUAUUCGAGUAUAGUUGUGCCCGCGAUCAUGGAGAAGAUACCGGUGCCGUUAAGACUCACCGUUACACGGGGAAGGGAAUAUCUGGACUGGACAAUGAAAGAUCUGCUCGAUGCCUUAAGCACAGAAGUAGGUCUGCGAGAGGAACAUCAGGUGCAGCCACCACAGAGAAUGAGCCAGGCGGACCGACCGAGUCACGGGUGUAAAGGAAAGAAAAGAGCUCCUGCGCAGAUAUGCUAG